AUGAUCGUAAUAAUAACCGCUAGAAAAUACGGUUUUAACCGUCCACUCUCGUCUCUUUCCACCAGUUCUCUUCCUUCCAUUCUCCUCCCUUCAUCCCUUUCUUUUUGCCCCACACACCAAAAAAACCUUCACGAUUUUCCUUUCUUUCCCUCAUUCAUUCUCAUCACUCUCGUUUCCCUCAUUCUUGUCUAUUCUAAUUUCCUUCCAGUUUUUUCUUUGCAGAAAGUUUUGGUUUAUCACUGCCAUGCCAUACUUUUCUUCCUCCACUGUUGUCUUCAUUUUAUUCAAAGUCAUAUGACCACUUCUCCCUUCUCUUCUAGGAAGCCCUCACACAACUCUUGCAGCAUCAGAUUAGUGGAUCUGGAUGUGAUGUCUCAUAAUCAUGGUGAGGAAGCUUGGAUUUGUCUUCAAGCUUACAGGGAAGGCGUAAAAUUCAAGAACAUCUCCAAUCAAAAUAAGAUCGUCGAGCUUCACCAAGAAGAAGAGCGUUCCAGACCUCAUGCCACAAGGCUCAUAUUGAUGUGGAACUUGAGCUUGUAAGUAUUAAAUUCGCACUUAUUGUCUUCUAGUUGAUUAUGUGUUAGUGAUGUAGACCUUAGACUUCAAAACUAAUAGAACUUUUAUUGUGGAGACUUGGAUUGCAUACAUCAUCAAUACUCUCAUGAUUAGUUCCAUAUUCAUUUUCUUGUUAUUAGUUUAAUAUAUGAUUUAUGAUAGAGAGAAUUAUUGAGUAUAGAGGGAAUUGAAAUUGAGAUAUAAAAGAGAGGAUAGACUAAAAUAUAAAUCACUCCUCUCAUGUUUGGAAUUUGGAAUUAUAAGAAAUGAGUAAAAAUGAUGAGUUAUGGUAUGAUGGAAGAUGUGGCUGUAAUUGGAGGGAAAUGGUGUGCAAUUUGUUUAUGAUGGGAAUGCUAUGCUUAUGGGUUAUCUUAGAUCUUUGGGUCUUACAUGUUUUACCAUUAUCAUUUUCUUUUCCCUGUGCUGCAUUUCUUAUUCUCCUACCUUUUGUUCUUUAUCAAGGAAAGGUACUAUGUUAUUUUUAUUUUUUUAGUUUUUAUGUUCUAUUAUGAGAUGGGAUUAUGUGAAAUUUUUAUUGAGGUUUAUAUGUAUUUUGCAUGAGUAAAUGGCCUCAAAAACUUACUUUUAAGUUGUUUGUAAAGUUUCUCCUUCUUGAUCUUGGAGGGUAAGGUAAUUUUAGAGAAUUUGUAAGACCUUGUGCUAAUCCCCUUAAUAAGAGUAAGUCUUAUCGUA